AUGGCACAAAAUAAAAUGAAUAACAAGAUAGCCAUUUUUUAUACGGACGAAGAUGCAGAAUGGACCCAUCCACACGGUAAUUUCGUCACGAUGGCCCAAAAUUUAUUGGAAAACUCCAAGAUUGACUCUACACUGGAAACCAUAGAAUACCAAGUAUUCAACAUUGUACAAAAUGAAUUCCCUUCUUUUGAUUCAUUACAUGAAUUUAUUGGUAUUUUCAUUACUGGGUCUAAGUAUGAUUCGUUUGAUAGUGAGAUUGAAUGGAUAAUUAAUUUGAGAUCGUUCCUAAAGAGGUUAUUAUCAUUGGAAAAUUCGAAGAUGAUGCCACCUGUUGUUGGGAUUUGCUUUGGUCAUCAAGUUAUUGCAGCUGCAUUGGGGAAUAAAGUUGAUAGAAACCCGAAGGGGCUAGAAGCUGGUGUAGUGGAAGUGAAAUUAAAUGAUAUGGGACAAGAGAUAUUCGGUACAGAUAGACCUAGUUUGAAUUUAUCCAUGUUACAUAAUGAUAUUGCAUAUGAGAUACCUGACGGAUUGAGUAAUUGGGGUGGUAGUGAUAUAUGUGAUAUUCAAGGGUUCUAUUUGAAGAAUAGAAUCUUGACUUUCCAAGGCCAUCCGGAAUUUAUUAAUGACGUUGCCAAGAAAGGUGUCAAGAGAUCGUAUAAUACGCCGGGGAGUAAAAUGAGAGAAGACCAAUACAUUGCGAUGGUGAACAAAUGUGAUACAUUGACUAACGAUGGGUACUUUGUUGGCCAAAGUAUAUGGAAAUUAUUCCAUGGAUACAUAUGA